AUGUCAGCAACACCACGCCUUUCGUCUGGCGGACACCCGGCCGACCUCAACACCGAAGGGUACCGCGAGAAGGGAAUGGACUCAUCGAGCCCGUCAUCAGAAGGGGAGUUGGACGAAACCGAUCUCGAAUAUGCAGCAGCGCAAGGCCAACGCGAUGAUCUGGCCCGCGUCCAAUCCCAAGCGCACUCCUUCCUGGCGCCAAAGCUCUCGCUGCCUCACGAGAUCGUUUUUGUGGGCAUCAUUUGCUGCGCCCAGCUCACGACGCAGGCUUCCAUGGGUCCCUCGCUCAGCAUCGGUAGGGAGAUCGGAAGGCAAUUCGGUGUCACUUCUGCCGCCGACGUCGCUUGGUACUUGGCUGCCUACGCCUUGACGAUCGGUACCUUUAUCCUCAUCUGCGGCCGCUUGGGUGACUUGUUUGGGCACAAGAGGAUGUUGGUGAUCGGGUAUACGUGGUAUGCGGUUUGGACGAUGAUCUGUGGGUUGUCGGUGUUUUCGGACUCGGGGAAUAUCAUGAUGAUUGUGUGCCGCGCUUUCCAAGGUGUCGGCCCUUCUAUUCUCCUUCCCAACGGCCUCGCCAUCCUGGGCGGUAGCUACCCCGAUGGUCCACGGAAGCACAUGGUCUUCGCCCUCUUUGGCGCCAUGGCCCCGGGCGGUUGCGCUCUGGGCUGCGCCAUGGCCGGCGUCUUUGAGCUUGCCUGGUGGCCCUGGGCCUUCUGGUCGUUUGCCAUUGCACUGCUCUGCCUCGCCGGCGCCGCGCAGCUCAUCAUCCCCGACAGCGUCGACGCCCACGCAAGCAGCUGCUCCUUCUUCGACAAGCUCAAACAACUCGACGCUAUCGGCGGCACCGUGGGUGUCUCGGCCCUGAUCUUAAUCAACAUAGCAUGGAACCAGGCGCCAAUCGUUGGUUGGUCCGAGCCGUACACCUACAUCCUGCUCAUCAUCGGUAUCCUCCUUGUCCCGCUUUUCUUCUGGAUCGAACUCCGCUGGUCGUCCUACCCGCUACUCCCCCUCGAGGCGCUCAAGUCAGGCGACAUUGCCUUUGUCCUCGGCUGUCUCGCUUGCGGCUGGGGCUCCUUUGGUACCUGGCUCUUCUACAACUGGCAGUGGUUCCUCGAGAUCCGCGGCGAGACGGGUCUGAUGGCAACCGCUUACUUCUCACCCGUCUCCGUGUCCGGCGCCGUCGCCGCCGUCGUCACUGGUAUCGUGCUAGGCAAGAUUGGUCCCGCAUGGACCGUCGUGUGCGCCAUGUCCGCGUUUUUCACGGGAAACAUGCUGCUUGUCACCCGCCCGAUGGAGCAAACUUACUGGACUCAGAGCUUCUUGACGUACCUCAUCACGCCGUGGGGCAUGGACAUGAUUUUCCCGGCGUCGACGGUGAUUUUGAGUAACGCGGUGGGGAGGAGGCAUCAGGGAAUUGCGGCGAGUUUGAUCAACACGGUGGUGAAUUACAGUAUUUCGAUUGGGCUUGGGUUUGCGACAACUGCCGAGGUGUAUGUGAACAAGGGAGGCACGAGCAAGGAGGAGUUGCUGAAAGGCUACAAGGCGGCUUGCUGGGUGGCAGUGGGAUUGACGGCUUUUGGACUGAUGUUGAGUGUGGUGUAUCUGAUGGUGGACAUUACGAAGAAGAGGAGGGUCGGCAGGGCGGUCAUGUCGGAGGUAGAGGAGGCUAAGCGGUGA